GGAUCUGGGAAACGUCAUUCCCCUUUCCUCUUCGGCUCGGAGGCUGCGGCUGCGGUGACUGCUCGUGCUGUUGCUGUCGCCGCUGCCGGUUUGUUACCAUGGCUGUGCUCGCCCUUCUGGCUUUGCUCCUUCCUGGUGUAUUGGGGAAUGAGUUUAGCGUGCUAAGAUCACCAGAAUCUGUUGUUUUCCGAGAUGGAAAAUGGCCAAUACCCGGAGAUCGAAUUCCAGAUGUGGCUGCAUUAUCCAUGGGCUUUUCUGUGGAAGAAGAUCUUUCAUGGCCUGGACUUGCUGUGGGCAACUUAUUCCAUCGUCCUCGAGCUACUGUUUUGGUGACGGUGAAGGGAGUGGACAGUUUGGGUUUACUCAAGAAUGGUGUUGUUUCAUACCCUCUUGAGAAUGCAGUUCCUUUCAGUCUUGACAGUGUUGCAAAUUCUAUCCAUACGUUUUUUUCUGAGGAAACACCUGUAGUUUUGCAGUUGGCUCCUAGUGAGGAAAGAGUGUAUAUGGUGGGGAAAGCAAACGCCGUAUUUGAAGACCUUUCAGUCACUCUGAGGCAGCUGCGCAAUCGCCUGUUCCAGGACAACUCCAUUCUUAGCUCUCUGCCUCUUAACUCUCUGAGCAGGAACAAUGAUGUUGAUUUGCUAUUUUUCUCUGAGUUACAAAUUCUACAUGAUAUUGCAACUUUGUUGUCCCGACACAAGCAUCUAGCCAAAGAUCAUUCUCCUGACCUGUAUUCUCUGGAGCUGGCAGGCUUGGAUGAAAUUGGAAAACGUUAUGGAGAAGAUUCUCAGCAAUUCAAAGAUGCUUCCCAGAUCCUUACCGACUUUAUACAAAAGUUUGCAGAUGACAUGUAUGACCUUUAUGGUGGGAAUGCAGUAGUGGAAGUAGUAACAGUAAAGUCGUUUGACUCCCCCCUUGUGAGAAAGACACGUUCUAUUCUUCAGGCAAAACAGAAUAACAAUCCAGGAAAUCCAUAUAAUCUUGCGUAUACAUAUAAUGUAAAUUAUGCAGUAGUCUUCAACAUAAUUCUUUGGAUAAUGCUGGGCUUAGCCUUAGCUGUGAUCAUCAUCUCCUAUGGCUUGUGGAACAUGGAUCCUGGAUACGAUAGCAUUAUUUAUAGGAUGACAAAUCAGAAGAUCCGAAUGGAUUAACCUUUUUCUGUGCCAUCCUAAUAAAAUAAUAUGGAAACCACCCAUAUUGUAUUAAGAUAAGUCUUUUGGUAUGGUUUAAGGUGGAUAUUGUAUUUAAAAUGUAUUAAAAGACAAGAUUUGUUUUCUAUUUUGUGUGUACUUGUAACCAUUUUUCAAAGUGGUAAUAUUUAAGUGAAAAUGUGACAAUAAAUCCUUCACUCUGCUAUGUUA